UUGAGGGCACUCUAAGACUGGCAGAGUUGAAUGCAAAGACGAAGAACAGGAGAAGCACUGAUACAGCCUUUAGAUUAGUCCUCGGUAACACGCCAAUUUCAGAGCUGUCCUGCCAUUCCACGGAACCUGCGCUGUUUAACUGUUUUCUCUGCGUUCGUAAGAAUGUUCACGGGCACUGUUUUCCAAAGGAUGCACAUUAAGACAUUUUAAUGUCUAAAGAACCUGAUGGAUUAUCACACACCGUUUUGUUAAAUUUGUCUUUUAGAGUGCCAUUUGCGAAGGAGCUGUUAUUUUAGGAGGUCUUUGGCAAAUAGAGAUUCUUUUCGUUUCGAAAUUAAACGUGUUUCCAGCAGACCAGAGCGACCAGAAACCAUCGGAUUCUUCUCGUAUUAGUGCCUGUGGAUCUCUCACUGUUAUAAUCAAAUUUGGACUGGUGAACUGAUUUUGCAUUGCAAUGGAUACAACUAUGUGGAGUUAUAUUUUAGGUCUUUUCAUGGUUGCUUGUCGAGUAAAACUGGCUCGAACAACAGUUUUAGAAUCAAUAUAUUGGAAUACUUCGAACACCAAGUUUGUCCCAGGAAGGGGUGUAGUACUAUACCCUCAGAUCGGAGACAAAAUGGACAUUGUGUGUCCAAGAAUCAAGCCAGGCUCCAGUGAGCAGACGAACAUUGAAUACUUCCGGGUCUAUCUUGUUCCCAAAGAACAACUUGAGACCUGUCGAGUCACUAAGGGCGACAUGUUACUGCUCAACUGUGACAAGCCGGACCAGGACGUGAAGUUCACCUUCAAGUUUCAAGAGUUCAGCCCCAACCUGUGGGGCCUGGAGUUCUUCAAAGGAAAGGACUAUCACAUCAUCUCCACAUCGAACAGCACUUCUGAAGGUCUGGACAACCACGAAGGCGGUGUUUGUAAGACCAAAUCCAUGAAGCUGGUCCUGAGAGUUGGACAGAGCCCUACAGAUUCAUUCUCAGCAAAAAACCAACCAACUAGAUACCCUCCAAAAUACCCUGACAAAGAGGACCAAAACAACUUCAGCAAAGAAAACGACGUUGUCAGCAAAGUUGACUCUAUGCAAAACGGCGAAGCUGGAGGCAAUAGCGGAGAGUCUGUAGGAUCCACUGGAUCUGAAGUGGCCCUGUUUGCUGGUGUUGCAUCCGGCGCUGUCAUCUUCAUCAUCAUUAUCAUCGCUCUGGUAGCGCUGCUGCAUCGGCGUCAUCAGAAACACUCCGCGCAGUGCUCCGCCCAGUUGCCAUUAAACACACUGCCCAAACGCGGAAGUGGGGCGAGUGGCGGCAGCAACAAUAACGGCUCUGAGCCUAGUGACAUCAUCUUUCCUCUGCGGACCUCAGGAAGCAUGUACUGCCCGCAUUACGAAAAGGUCAGCGGUGACUACGGCCACCCUGUCUAUAUCGUCCAAGAAAUGCCACCGCAAAAUCCUGCAAACAUUUACUACAAAGUUUGACAGAGAAUGGACAACAAGCCGACCGGCUGUGUUUCAAAUGAUGGACAUCAGUGUUUUGAUGCCUCUCAGAUGCUCAGUUGCAGAUGGUGUAACUGGAUGCUAGAAGGGCUGAAGCGUUGUCUAAUUCAGAAGAACUCAAUCUUUGUCAGUUGAGACUUGAUUCUGGAUUAGAUGCUGGUGCACAUGGGAAUUUGCUCUUCUGUUUAUACCUUAACACGGAAAACUGGAUGACUUUCAAAGCCUAGAACAUCUUACAGAUGAACAAGCAGUGAAGUGCUGCAAAAUAAUGCUGAAUAAACAUCUCAUGUGAAGGAUCUGAGAAUAUCAAUAUUUUGCUUUAACAAACAGCUCAUUUUUUUUUUUUUUAAUUUAUUGGUUUUUGCUUAUUUUUAUGUUUCUAAACUCCCAGAUCUUGGACGAAAAUAUAACUUUCAUGCACGAGAAGAGGCCUUUAUUCCUGUACUUUGCAAUUCUUCGAUGUGUUAGAGUCCAUCCGAUGCAGUUUUAAGCUGAUGAUGACUGUUUGCAUCCUGAAGCUGGCCUGAUGGAUGCAUAUUACAUAUGAGUUGGGACAUUUGUAGCCCUUAUGCUGUUGAAGUCAGUGUGGUCCAAAACGCAUGUGGUUCUUUUAUCCCCAUUUGCUUAUAACUUUUCAAACAUUUAUUUAAACAGCAAACAAACAAAACUAAAGAUCAACAUACAGAAAGAUCCUUUGUUGACUCGGUAA